AUGGAUUUGCGAGCUCCAGCAAAAAAAGAUAAGUUCGACGCAUUCAAAGGUAACUCCCUAGUUAAAUCGAGCAGCUCAAAAAGCCGAAAUAACUUCAGUCGACUGAAUUUACAUACGUCGAGUAAGAAUUUAAUGGAAAAGUAUACCUUUGAUGAUCUUUGGAGAGGAUCCGUGAGUAACUUAAUGUCCUCAGAGAAUAUUACCGAAGAUUUGAUUAAAGAAAGCAUCAAAGAACUUGAAAGUGCGAUGCAGGAAUCGAAACGUAUGUUAACCGAAAGAGACGAUGAAAUAACACGUUUACGAGAGUUUAUCGAGAAUAAUAAACUCGAAAAGGAAAGACACGACAAUGAUGACAAAACUGAGGAGCUCGAAAAAUUGCAAAAGAGUAUUGUCGAGUUAGAAUGUGAAAUUAGCGAGUUGAAAAUUAAACACGCGCGCGAGUUAGAUGCUAUACAAAAACAAAAUUCGUUCUCGUUGCCGUCAAAUUCAAGAAAUGAUAUCCCAGAAUGCACUUGUUACUGUGGGAGAGUCUGUAAGGCUUUACACGACUUAUGUGAGACGAAGAAGUGCUUAGAAACAACAAAAGCUAAGUAUGACAAUUUGAAAAAACGUGUUCGUGAAUUUCGUAAACAAGCUGAAGAUCACAGAAACGCUAGUCAGCUGGAUUAUGAAGAAGAAAAAGCGACAAGCUGUGCAAUCCAAUAACCAAUAUGAAGUCUAGUUUUUAUAAAACAAAAUACAACCACUGUUCUCAGGAUCGUUUAGAAAAUAUAUUUUUACAUAUCAAUUUAUUUGUUUUGUGUAAAUUGUUUUAUUUAUGCUCGCAAUCAGUUUAGCAGUGAAAUGCCUGGCUUUAAAGCUCAUUUGCGUUUAAUUUACUAUGCUUUCUAUAAUAACGUUUUUAACUUGUUACGUA